AUGCCUCCCGAGGACAACAAACAUAGUAGUGGAACUUUACCUCCUGAUGUGCUUAGCAACCUUCAUGAGAAAAUAAUUGAUCAUAUUCUUGUGUGUUUGCCCUUACGAGAUGCUGUGAGGACAAGCAUAUUAUCGAAGAAAUGGAGGUGUAACAGGUGCAGACUUCCAGCAUUAACACUUGAUCAAGCACUUUGGGAUACAACAAAUAACUUAACACCUGAUCUUGUAACUAGAUUUACAUACAUUAUCUUGGAACUUACACUUUUUAAUGCAGUAGAACCAUCUCCGGAGGCAGGACAACAUGAUCUUACCAAGUGUUUUGAGUUUUGUUCUGCUCUUGAGCAUCUACACUUGGAUUGUGGAAGUCUCCCAGUCUUGGCUGUAGGAUCAGGUGACAUAGCAGCAAAGCUUUCCUCUCCUCUUAAUUGUCUUAAAUGUCUUUGCCUAUCCAAUAUUUGUUUGGAUGAAUUAGUUGAGCUUUCGCCUGCUCUUUGCUUGAUAAGAAGCUCCCCAUAUCUGCAAGAUAUUCAAAUAAAGUUAUGUAGAAAUGAUGUUGUUAAUGAAAUUCCUUCAAGUUUCUCAGAUGUGACAUUGAAUCACCUCAGGUCUGUUAAGUUUGAAGUUAUUACAGGCAAAAAGACUGAAAUGGAGCUUGUCAAGCUUCUGUUAGCUAAGUCUCCAAUGCUUGUGAGAAUGCUAAUCCAGCCGGACAGAGUAAAUGGAUCUGCUGAAACAAGACUAAAGGUAGUUACAGAGUUAACAAAAUUUCCGAGGGCAUCACCUAAAGCAGAAGUUUACUAUAACAGUGGUGUGUGA